AACAUUAAGCUGCUAAGUCAUGCUUACUUAUCUUCAUGCCAAUAAACUUAAGUUAUCUCACUCAUUACAGAGCAGUUUCACUUAGUGAAGAGAAUCCGUACUCCAGGAUCUAACAGAACAGAGGGAAGCCAUUUCUGCACUCUAGAAUUCAAGACAUAGUAACUAUAGGAUCUGCAAGUUCUGCUCAUUAACAGGCAACUUUGGAUAUCACUCUCUUUAGGAUAAUGCUGGAUUCACUAGAUGAAACUCAUUAACAUACAUCUGUAUUCAUCAUUGGGAAAGGUUUCACUUAUUAUUAUUAUUAUCCUUGUUUACUAGAAUGCAACCUUAAUGACACUCGUCUUACCAAUGGAAAGUCCAACUCUACCCGUGGCCAUGGCGCUGAACGUGUUAGAUAAGGACAGCCUUUUCUCCCCAUUUCAGGCAAUUAUGGUCUCUCUUUUGUCGGCUCCAUUGUGUUUUGUUGGCACCCAUAAUUUUAUGCAGAUUUUUGCAGCUGCUGUGCCCCCUUAUCACUGCCACUCAAAUAUGACAAUGGACCAGCCCCACCAUCCAGAAGACCCAUGCACUCAAUAUGUAUCACCACUAUCUAAUAGUACAAAGCCAUGUGAAGAGGGCUGGGAGUAUGAUCGUAGCGUAUAUACCUCUACAAUCAUCAGUGAGUGGGACUUGGUGUGUGACCGUCAGGCUCUGAAGGAAGUGGCUCAAUCAGUUUACAUGGCAGGGGUGUUGGUGGGCGCAACAGUGUAUGGUACCCUUGCAGACAGAUUUGGAAGAAGAAUCAUGAUCUUAUGUUCCCUCCUGCAAAUUGCUUGUAUGGGAAUCGGUGUAGCCUUUUCUCCAAACAUCAUCUUUUACUGCCUUUUCCGUUUCCUGACUGGCAUGGGAUUGUGUGGCCUUAUCAUUAAUGACCUUGGUCUUGCUAUGGAAUGGACUCCAAAACGAUAUCGCCCAAUAGUAUCUAUGAUACAAGGUUAUGGUCUCACUUGUGGAGCAAUAAUUCUUGUUGCGGUGGCAUAUGGCAUUAGAGACUGGCGAUGGUUACAAAUAACAGUGUCCCUGCCCUAUUUCAUUUUCUUCCUACUUAUAUGCUGGGUCCCUGAGUCUGCUCGCUGGCUUUCACUCAAAAAACGUUCAGAUCAGGCUCUUGCUAAUCUGAACCGUGUGGCCAAAAUCAAUGGAAGAAAAGAGGGAGGCCCCAUAACUCUUGAGAUGCUCAAAGUCGAUGAUCAGCAAAGUUUGACAACAACGACGGCCAGGCUGACGCCUCUGGACCUCUUCCGUACACCUGCUAUGCGAACCAUAACCCUUAUUCUCUCCCUGUCUUGGUUUUCCUGUAGUUUUGGCUUCUUUGCUCUUGCCUUGGAUGUGGACCGUUUUGGCCUUAGCAUAUAUCUGUCCCAGGCUGUAUUUGCUGUCUCAGAGUUACCCAUCAGGAUCCUCGCUACCAUUACAGCUUCCUACAUAGGAAGAAGAAUCACCAUCUCCUUCUUGCUUUUCCUUUCAGGGAUCCUUAUGCUGUGCACCAUGGCAGUGCCUAAAGACAUGCUACUGCUGCAGAUGAUUUUAACCGUCUUGGCUAAGGGAAUUCUUGGAUCUUCUAUUGUCUGCUCCUACCUUUAUACUGCUGAACUGUACCCUACAGUGCUCAGGCAAACAGGAUUGGGAUUCACUAAUAUGAUGAUGAGGUUGGGUGCAAUUAUUUCCCCACUGGUAAUGAUAACCAAGGCGUAUGUGUCCUUUCUGCCCUUGGUGAUAUUUGCCAUCAUGCCUAUGAUCAGUGGACUUCCAAUUUUGUGGUUACCAGAGACUUUGGAUUGUCCUCUAAUGGAUACAGUGGAAGAAGUAGAGUCAAGAAAAUCGAAAUCUCAGACCAAGUUACCAAAGGAGAACUCAGGGCCUGCAACUAAACUGUAGAUAACAGCAAUACUACAACCUGUAUGACAACUGGAAUUCAAGACUGUUCAUUAGGUCCCCCUGUACACAGCCUCAAAGAGAAAAUGGUUUCUUAUAGCAGUGCUCUGUGUUACAACAGAUAAAAUAUUCCCUCAUGUAGAACUCCAUAUUACAACUGCAACAAUAUCUCAUCAACAGGAACUGUUUCUAUUUGUACCAUGGUGCUCUUACUCAUGAGAUAAAGAUGAUCUCACAAUGGUCUACAUCUGCAAAAUGAAUUUCACAUUUCUUACUGGUGUUAUUAUCAAACUUGUGUAUGACUGCUAUUCACUCAACUAUUACAGAAUUAUCCCAGUGAAAAUAAGCCUGUGAACAGGUUUAACCUAAAAUGGCGCUGUAUUACAUCAUGCUGAAUGCUAAUUUCAUGUUCCUUUAUCUAAAACAUUAUAAGCUAGAUGUGUGUCCUUUUUUCAAAAAGUCAAAAACAAACCCCAGCAUAAUUCCAUGCCUAUUCUUUUAGUCCAGGGAGCCUUAUUUAUCAAAGUCUAAACUAGCAUCCACGCUUGGACUUUAUUUUUUAUUUUAAA